ACACAAAUCACUGAACCUUUAUUGUUUAUCAACACGUGUGGUUCUCCUUUCCCCGUAACAUGAGUUUCGCUUUGCUGUAAGGACAGAUUGUACGGUCGUAGUCGUUGAGCAGGCGGCCGAACAUGUUGUAAUGACAGAACUUACAGCAGAUGCUCAGUGUGGCACGUUACACCUGUGCUGGUGGAGACUAUCCAGCACGUAGGUCCCGGAAGCACCAGAAGUCCGUUCCACGAGACAUAAGCUGCCGUAAGGUGUCUAAAGGUCCACAGACAGGAUGAUCUAUAUUAUAAUGGGAGUCUCGGGUUGUGGGAAAAGUACUUUUGGUGCCGUACUAUCAGAAAAGCUUGGCUGGCCGCUUUACGAGGGGGACAACUUCCACCCGCAGGAGAACAUUGACAAAAUGGCUCUUGGUAAACCAUUGACAGACCAGGACAGACUGCCUUGGCUUCUCAAACUUCAUGAAGUUAUUGAGAGAGAAAGGUCUUUGGGACGGGAUGCUCUUGUGGUUUGCUCCGCUCUGAGGCGUCUAUAUAGGCAGAUUCUGCUCUUUGGCUCCAAAGCCCUUGCUUCCUCCCCCAAUCCAGACAAAGACAUCCUCCAUGCCUCCUCUCCUGAUGUCUUUUUUCUCUUCCUACACGGUGACUAUGAACUUAUACACCAGAGGAUGGUGACCCGGACAGCACAUUACAUGAAGGCAGAUCUUCUGCGCUCCCAGUUCGACGUUUUAGAGCCCCCACUGGAGGAGGAGAAUGUGUUAAUGCUGGAGAUUAGGAGGAGUAUCCCUGAUAUGGCCUUGGAGGUCGAGAAGCACAUUGUGAGCCUUAAGUCGUCACCAAAAUCUUGACCUCUAUUAUCUAUAGAUUAUACAUAAGGAGCUUGCUGCUGUGUUGCAAAAGCCAAUCAACAAUCAGAUUUCCUGACUUCUUGGACUGCAUCAGAAAUGAUAAAAAGAUGCGACCUCUAUCCACCAAACCAUGCAACUUUUUUUUCUUCUAUUGAGGACAGGCCUGACAGAGUUUGAAUUUUCUCUUUAAAAAAUGCAUCCUGAUGUUGUAAUUUUGUUAAAUUUAAGACUUCUUAUUUUGCAAUUGACCUAAAAGAAAAGCUUAUUUUAUGGGUUCAUACCACUGAAGCAAGCCAGAGUGCUGCCUCUGUGUAACUUACUAUUAACAGUGAAACUAAGACUCCCCAGAAAUAUGAACAGGCCCUUCUCUGGGAAUGAAAUGAACCAAACUUUUAUUUUGCCGACAUAUACAGUGGAUAUCAAAAGUCUACACACCCUUGUUAAAAUGCCAGGUUUUGUGAUGUAAAAAUAUGAGACCAAGAUAAAUCAAGUCAGAACUUUUUCCACCUUUAACGUGACCUAUAACAUGAACAAUUCAAUUGAAUUUUUUUUGAAAAAUCUUUUAUGGGGAAGAAUAAAAAAUAAAUAACUGAAACUGAUGUGGUUGCAUAAGUGUAAACUAAUAAUUUUUUGAAGCACCUUUUGAUUUUAUUUCAGCAGUCAGUUUUUUUUUUGUAGGAGUCCAUUAGCAUGGCACAUCUAGACGUGGUAAUAUUUGCCCAUUCGUCUUUACAAAAAAGCUCCAAAUCCAUCAGAUAGUGAGGGCAUCUCCUGUGCACAGCCCUCUUCAGACCACCCCACAGAUAUUCAACUGGAUUCAGGUCUGGGCUCUGGCUGGUCCAUUCCAAAACUUUAACUUUCUUCUGGGGAAGCCAUGCUUUUGUUGAUUUGGUUGUAUGCUUUGGUCCGUUCCAAAGCAUGAUGCUGCCCCCACCAUGCUUCUCUGUGGGUAUGGUUCUCUUUAUGUGAUGUGCAGUGUUGUUUUUGCGUCAAUCAUACCUUUUGGAGUUAUGGCCAAAAAGUUCAUCCUUGGAUUCAUCAGACCAUAAAACAUUUGCCACAUGCUUUUGAGAGACUUCAUGUAUGUUUUCAAAACAUUUUGCCGGGCUUGGAUGUUUUUCUUCAUAAGAAACAGAUUCCGUCUUGCCACCCUACCCAUAGCAGAAAUGAAGAAUACGAGAGAUGUUGUCACAUGUAGUACACAGUCAGUACUAGUAAGAAAUCCCUGCAGCUCCUUUAAUGUUGCUGUAGACCUCUUGAAAGCCUCCCUGACCAGUUUUCUUCUCGUCUUUUCAUCAGUUUUGGAGGGAUGUCCAGUUCUUGGUAAUGUCACUGCAAUAUUUUCUCUACUUGAUGAUGACUGUCUUCACUGUGGUCCAUGGUAUAUCUAAUGCCUUGGAACAUUUUUGUACCCUUCUCCUGACUGAUACCUUUCAACAAUGAGAUCCCUCUGCUGCUUUGGAAGCUCUCUGUGAACCAUGGCUUUUUCUGUAAGAUGCAACUAAGGAAAUGUCAUGAAAAUCCUCCUAGAACAGCUGAUCUUUAUUGGGAUUAAUCAAAGUCACUUUAGAUUAUGACAGGUGUUUACUGACUACUAUUUGUCAUGAGUUUGAAUGUGAUUGGUUAAUUCUGAACACAGCCACAUCCCCAGUUAUAAGAGGGUGUAUACACUUAUGCAAUCACAUUAUUUUAGUUUUUUAGUUUUUAUUCUUCCCCUAAAAGAUUUCAGUUUUGUUUGAGUUUAAUUGUGCACGUUAUAGGUCACAUUACAGGUGGAAAAAGUUCUAACAUGAUUUAUCUUUGUCAAAAUCACAAAACCUGGCAUUUUAACAAGGGUGUGUAGACUUUUGCUAUCCACUGUAUAUGGGAAGUUUAUGAUCUGAACACAUGGCUCCUUCUUAAGUAGCUAAUUGUUCUUUAAACAAUGCAGCCUAUCAAAAAAGGAUUUGGCUAAAAGUGGUUUUUCGAACCAUUGGUUACACUGAUGUGUCCAGAAAGUUAGCCUUCGAAGUAAAAUGUUGGAUUUUUCCUCUAGCUUCAGCUGGCAAACAAAGGUCGACCAACCUUUGUGGUUCUGAGGUGAUGAAGUCUUUGGAUUUUUAUUAUUCUUUGUGUUCUCUUGUAGUGCCAUUUUUAGGAUGCCACAUGUUCUUGACUGGAUUAGUUUUAAAAUAGAUGAACUGCACUUUGAAAAUGCCAAAGUGUGAAGUGAGACAAACACUGUCUUUUUAUGUGAGAUGUGAACCUCAAGUCUCCUGUCAAGUCAAGUGCUCUUUAUGCUCCUUAGAAUUUCACUAUGGUGGUAUCUGAAAAGUUUGCCCUUGUUUCGCAAUAAUAUAAUCACUAAUAUGUUUAACUGCACUGACAGUUGUGAUUAACAAAUGCCAUAAUAAACAGAAAACGAACUCUUCCGAUUAAAUAAAGUAAAAUGAAAUUAAACUA